AUGACAAUUUUAAAAAAAAUUUAUGGACCUGAAAAAUUUCACGUUACUUCUAAUGCAGUGAAGAAAUUUAUGAAUGAGUAUUCGCCAGAUUUUUUUCUUGAACCAAAUAAAAAGUUUCAGGAUGUGGAAAAUUAUACAAAUGUUUUUAGUCUUUUAGAAGCAUUAAGUGAAAAGAAGGGACCUUCUGGUCAUAAGAGCUACUUUGCAAUUGGACGUUUUAUACAUACUUAUUGCAAAGAUCAGGAAUCUAAAAAUUUAGUGUUUAAUAUCUUGGAUAAAAAUCUUAAAAUAGGGUUGAAUAAUAAAAAUUUUAAUAAAAUUUUUCCAGGAGGGAAGUUUGUAGGAUUCCAAGUUGCAUUGUCUCAUAUGGGAAAUGUUUCAGAUUUGGAAAAAUUAUUUCAAAAUCAGGAGACUUGGUACGCUUCAAGAAAAAUGGAUGGGGUAAGAUGUAUAAUUAAAAUAUCACCAAAUGCAGAAUCUAUUGUACUUUAUUCAAGGACUGGAAAGAUUUUUCAUAGUUUAAAAGCAUUUGAAAAAAAAUUUGAAAGGCUUUAUAGAAAAAAUAUUGACGCUUUUUCUAGUGAUACAUGGUCAAAUGGAAUAGUAAUGGAUGGCGAAGUUUGCCUAUUGAAAAACCAGGAUGAUGGUAGUUAUAAAGAAACUUUUGCAGAAAGCAUUCAAAUUAAAAAAGGUGAUGGAUUUCAAUUAAACAAGCCAAGAUUUUUUUUAUUUGAUUGUUUGACUCUGAAAGAAUUCGAGGAUAAGAAAGGGGAUAGAUGUUUUGGUGAACGUUAUAAAUUUAUGAAAAAAUUAUUUAAAAGUUUUAAAUCUGUGAAUAUAAUAUUAAUCGAUCAAAUUGAAAUCAAGAGUAAAGAAACAUUAAAAGAGUAUAUAGAUAAGGGAUUUAAUGAAGAGUGGGAAGGAAUUAUAAUUAGAAAAGAUACAGGAUAUGAAGGUAAAAGAAGUAAUUCAUUCCUUAAAUUCAAAACAUAUCAAGAGGUUGAAUUGACAGUCAAGGACGUUAAAUUCGAUAAAAUGAUGGUAUCGAUUAAUAAUAAAAUGGAAGAAAGAGAAGUAUUAUCAAAAGUUAUAGUUGAUUAUCAAGGUAAUGAUGUGGGUGUGGGAUCAGGCUUUACUAACGAACAAAGAAUUAAAUAUAAAGAAAAUCCGGAUUUAAUCAAAGGAAAAGAAGUAACAAUAAAAUAUUUUGAAGAAUCAACCAGUAGAAAUAAAACAGGUAAGUCUUUAAGAUUUCCUAUAUUAAAGACGGUAUGGGAAGAAGGCAAAAGAAAUAUUUGA